CCUUACUUCCGUUAAUUUUCAAUAUUCUCCUCUGUCUAAUUGUUCACAAUAUUUUCUCAAUCAUCAUCAUUAUGUACAAACGAUGCGUGUCGCGAAUGUUGCUGCAGCGUAGAGUAAACAAUAGCUACAUUAGCAGAAAGACAAACACGAGUCGCGCGUACGCCGCGAAAAGUUUAAUGAACAUGGAGAGGUCGUUUGUUACACGCAAAUUCGAGUCAAUAACAGACAUUAAAUGGAGGGUGAAUAACGUGAAAAGAGGUUAUUGUUUUUGCCAAUCUCGUGCUUUCGCAAUGACGUCAGACGACUACUCUCACUUCACGCUUCCCAACAACCAGCCAGUCGUCGCCUUAGAAUGUGAAACUGCCUUCAACGCUUUGACCACCAAAGAGAAACUCUACGCUCACUAUCUCAGCCAGGCUGCCUGGAACGGCGGCCUGAUCGUUCUGAUUCAAACCUCCGUUGAAUCGCCCCUAAUAUUUGCCCUCCUCCACUCGAUCUUUUCCGCCGAGCCGAUAGCAGACCUCAAAAAGUCUGCACUUGCUGCCGGAGUGACCGAAGAUGAAUUUACGGCAUUCCUAGUCUAUGCGGCAGGAUUUUUAUCCAACGCGGGGAACUACAAGUCUUUCGGAGAUAGUAAGAUCGUGCCAAACUUGAAGAAGACAAAGUUUGAGGCUAUCGUCAAGGUCUCCAAGGCUUACUCGCAGAGUUCGCAAGACGUGCAGUCCCUUUGGGAUAAAGUAGAAGCGAGGCUCUACUCGCUCAACGACAGGGCCAAGUCGCUCGGCCUCGGCGACAAAGGGACAACGACCUACUUCUCUGCCAACUGCACGACGGAGGAUGCUGACCUGGUGAACAGGUUCAUGCAGAGCAAGGGAUUGGAGUCGUACAACGCGCGGUGCUUCAAGACGGUGCAACCUGCGACUGACGCUGGCAAAAAGGGCUCCGUAACGUACGAGAUUAGGCUGGCGUCUGUAAUGACUGAGGACGAUCCAAAGAUUACACUGCCCGAAGAGACGUUCGAAGAGUCCAAGUUCAGGGUAACAAGAGGCGACUACAGCAAGCUGCUCAUCCCUGUUGUGGAUAACCUGAGAAAAGCGAAGGAGUACGCGUCCAACGAGACGGAGAAACAAAUGCUGGACAAGUACAUCGGUCACUUCAGUAGCGGUUCGCUGAACGAGCACAAGGACGGAUCAAGAUUUUGGAUCAAGGACAAGGGGCCGGCUAUAGAGACGUACAUCGGGUUCAUAGAGACGUACAGAGACCCUGCAGGCCAGCGGGGUGAGUUCGAAGGUUUUGUAGCGAUGGUGAACAGCGAGAUGUCCCAGAAGUUCACUACGCUCGUCAACAGGGCGGAGGAACUACUGAAAAAGCUACCCUGGGGCCAGGACUUUGAGAAGGAUGAGUUCCUGCGGCCGGACUUUACCAGUUUGGACGUCUUGACUUUCGCCGGGUCAGGCAUUCCCGCCGGUAUAAACAUACCCAACUAUGACGAGAUCCGACAGUCGGAGGGGUUCAAGAACGUCUCGUUGGGAAACGUCAUACCCGCGAACAUGAAGCAGGACGUAAUACCGUUUCUGUCCGACGAGGACCAGGUGCUACUGAACAAGUUCAGGAUCCAGAGCUUCGAGGUGCAGGUCGGACUCCACGAGCUUCUUGGUCACGGCAGUGGGAAGCUCUUCAGAAAGCUGCCCUCCGACAAGUUCAACUUCGAUAUUGAGCGUGUGAAGAAUCCGCUCAAUGGGGAGCCGAUCACAAAGUAUUUCAAUGAGGGUGAAACAUACGAUUCUAAGUUCGGCGCUAUGGGUUCCACCUAUGAGGAGUGCCGGGCCGAAGCUGUUGGCUUGUAUCUCAGCCUGGAGAAGGACAUAAUAAAAAUAUUUGGGUACGAAGGACAGGAUGCGGAUGAUAUAAUAUAUGUAAACUGGCUCAGUCUAUUGUGGAACGGGUGUGCGAAGGCACUCGAGAUGUAUCAGCCGUCGACGAAGAAGUGGCUUCAAGCGCAUUCGCAGGCGCGUUACGUCCUGCUCAGAGUUUGCCUAGAAGCGGGAGAGGGAUUGAUCAACGUUGUGGAAAGCGAGCCGGGCAAGAACCUGAGGAUUGUUUUGGACAGAAGCAAGAUAGCCACGGUCGGAAAGACCGCGAUCGGACAAUUUCUCACAAAGUUACAAGUCUAUAAGAGCACGGGUGACGUUGAAGCAGCUAAAGCCAUGUACGACAAGUAUAGUGAGGUCCCUGAAUCCGGGUUUAAGCCCUGGGCACUUUGGAGAAAAAUUGUUCUUGAUCAUAAACAGCCGAGGAAAAUAUUCGUUCAGUCUAACACAUUUGUGAAUAGUGAUGCUAGCAAACCACUCAGCGGCGUUACGCUGAAAAACUACGAGCCGACGUUUGAUGGGUUGAUAGAGUCUUGGGUUGAUCGUUUCCCGUCUACCGAGGUGACCACGACCCUUCUCGAACUGUGGGCAAAGGACCAGAAAUACUUUUCGGAAUAGGAAAAAGAACGCGGCUGCAAAAUUUGCGUCAAUUCAGGGUGUUGCAUGUGAUGCAGUAGUAUCGAUAAGUACCACUGAUGUAUACACAUUUUUCGACCUUUUUUUUAACGGAUGUGGUUUUUUGGCGUCGAAGAUCUUCCCGGAACUAAAAUUUUUUAUAUUUAAGAAUGUAUGUACAUAACAAAAGUAUUGCACUAAAUAACAAAACAAGAACGGUUGACAUCAAUUGAAGCGAAGACAAAGGGAACAAGAAUAUGGCAAGAAACACUGGCGAAUUCCUACCACUAUUUUUGUUCUACUUACUUACAGAUACAUCAAACACCGCUGAAAAUCAGUCAAUUACAUAUAAAUAGCAAACAGAAACCUACGUAAAUUAUUUGUAUCCGGUAUUGAAGCCUCAGUCGUCAUCGUCAUCUUUCCAAAGCGCUGAAACGUCAAUCACAUCAUUGACGCUGUAUUAAUUGACCUUCGACAUUGAGAAAUCACGCCCGUACCGCUAAUGUCUAAUAAUUAUAAGAAUAACGGCUGCGCGGGUACUGAAAUUCUUCGGGUUGGGUCGGGACAAAUCUAUCAGUUUCAAAGUUGGGUUCCAGAGAUUUUUGGGAUUCUUGAAAAACUGGAAAUCCUCGAAAAGAUCAGGGUUCUCGAAAUCAGUUUUGUGGAAGUUUUCGGUAUUCCUGGAUCUCCCAAUAAAAGAUGAUAUACUUUUUACAGAAAAUAUUGAUGCCAUUUAGAUAUACUAUUUACUAUGAGUAUUUAGUAUCGGUCUAAUUUUAUAAAUAUUAGGUAAUUUGGUUAAAACCUGAUCCGACACUAACCCGUCCCGAACCCGAACUUUUUUUCCCAACAUUUCGGGAAUCCGCACAGCCCCAAUAAGAAUAGUGAUAACAUUAAAUAACAGUAAGUAUAUAAAAUACUUACAAAACAGUUUUAUACAAUAUUGUAUCAAAUGAAAUAUUGAUAACAUUAAUAAUUAUCUCGUUGUAUUUUUA